GAAGAAACAGGAGUGUGGCGUGACCAUGAGGAAGCAAAAGAAAACAAGGAACUAUGCAACCAUGAAGCGAACCCUUAGUCUCAGAGAUCAGAGGCUUAAAGAAAAGGAUAGAUUAAAACCUAAAGAGAAGGAAAAGAAGGAUCCCAGCACGUUAACGGAAAGAGAAGUUCCUCAACACCCUUCCUGCUUAUUUUGCCAAUAUAAUACACAGCUGGGCCCACCUUACCACAUCCUCGUUGAUACCAACUUUAUCAACUUUUCCAUAAAAGCCAAAUUGGACUUAGUGCAGCCAAUGAUGGACUGUCUGUAUGUCAAGUGUAUCCCUUGUAUAACUGAUUAUGUAAUGGCUGAAAUUGAGAAACUGGGGCAGAAGUAUAACAGUGGCUCUAAAGAUCGCCAAGGAUCCAAGAUUUGA